UAUUAUUAUUCCAAUUUGCAAAGCUCUGGUUAGUUAGGACGAGAAAGGAUCGAAGAAAAAACCAUAAAGCAACACACACCUUUUCCUCCUCUUCCUUCCAUCGUCGUCGUCUUCUUCUUCUUCUGCUUCCGAUUCCUAAUUCUCGUUGCUGUGCCCUAGAUUUUCUCGACCCCACCGCAGCACCGUCUUUAAAUCCCUUCGAUCGCACCGGAAUUUCUAUCCCAACCCAACCACCCUCUAGGGUUCUCAUGGAUUCCGAAGAUGAUAUGCACGACGCAAACGAUGUUGAGUCUCUUGAUGACGAUUUCUACAGUGGCGAGACAGAGGAUGCUCCCAUGGAUUACUACAGCGACUACGAUGACGAAGCCGAUGAUUACUUCGACGAUGCCGACGAUUCCGACCGGAUUGAGUCUCGUCGCCCGGAGCAAAAUUUUACCAUAUUGAGGGAAUCGGAUAUCCGGCAAAGGCAGGAAGAUGACAUCACUAGAGUAGCAACAGUUCUUUCCAUUCCACGAGUUUCUGCAAGCAUACUUCUUCGUCACUACAAUUGGAGUGUUAGUAAAGUGCAUGAUGCUUGGUUUGCGGAUGAAGAUAAAGUCCGAAAAGCAGUUGGUUUGUUGGAAAAGCCAAUUUUCCAGAAUUCUAAUAGUAGAGAGCUUACUUGCGGCAUCUGUUUUGAGAAUUAUCCUCGUGCUAGGAUUGAAUCUGCUGCUUGUGGCCAUCCUUACUGCUAUUCAUGCUGGGCAGGAUAUAUUGGCACAUCAAUCAGUGAUGGUCCGGGAUGUUUGGUGCUGAGGUGUCCUGAUCCCACUUGUGGUGCUGCUGUUGGUCAAGAUAUGAUUAACCUUUUAGCAUCUGAUGAAGAUAAAGAGAAGUAUGACCGCUACCUUCUUAGGUCUUAUAUUGAAGACAAUAAAAAGACCAAGUGGUGUCCUGCUCCAGGUUGUGAGUAUGCAGUUACUUUUGAUGCUGGCAGUGGAAACUAUGAUGUAUCUUGCCUCUGUUCUUAUUGCUUUUGCUGGAAUUGCACUGAGGAGGCUCACCGUCCAGUGGACUGUGGCACUGUGGCAAAAUGGAUUUUGAAAAACAGUGCAGAAUCAGAAAACAUGAACUGGAUACUUGCUAACUCAAAGCCAUGUCCCAAGUGCAAGCGACCAAUUGAAAAAAAUCAAGGGUGCAUGCAUAUGACAUGUACUCCACCAUGUAAAUUUGAAUUUUGCUGGCUAUGCCUCGGUGCAUGGUCAGACCACGGUGAAAGGACUGGUGGUUUCUAUGCUUGCAAUCGUUAUGAAGCAGCUAAACAAGAGGGAGUGUAUGAUGAAACUGAAAGAAGAAGAGAAAUGGCAAAGAAUUCGUUGGAGAGGUACACACAUUAUUAUGAGCGGUGGGCCAGCAACCAAUCUUCAAGGCAAAAAGCUCUUGCAGAUCUACACCAGAUGCAAACUGUUCAUCUUGAGAAGCUUAGUGACACACAGUGUCAGCCUGAGUCACAGCUUAAGUUCAUAACCGAGGCGUGGUUACAGAUAGUAGAAUGCAGGCGGGUGCUGAAGUGGACAUAUGCGUAUGGGUACUAUUUGCCUGAGUAUGAACAUGCUAAAAAACAGUUCUUUGAGUACUUACAAGGUGAGGCGGAAUCUGGGUUGGAGAGACUUCAUCAAUGUGCUGAAAAGGAGCUACAACUAUUCCUCACUGCUGAUGGCCCAUCUAGAGAAUUCAAUGAUUUUCGCACUAAACUGGCUGGAUUGACCAGUGUGACCAGAAACUACUUUGAGAAUUUGGUUAGGGCAUUAGAGAAUGGUUUAUCUGAUGUGGAUAGCAAUGGAGCUGCUUCCAGCAAAGCAACGAGUUCAAAAAAUGCUGCAGGGAGCAGCAAGGGGAGGGGUGGAAGAGGAAAGGGAACUAUGCGAGGAAGCAUGUCCAGCAGAACGACUGAUGAUAAUCAUUGGUCUUGUGAACAGUGUACCUAUGCAAAUAUCAAGGCUGCCACCACAUGCCAAAUGUGCAAUCAACCGCGCCGAUGAAACUUAGAUCCUCACCUUAUAAACACGUGUCUUCUGCCCAAGGCCAAUGCGCACCAAAAGCUGAAAUGGAGUUAUUACUUAUACUUAUAUGCUGGCUCCUUUUUGUAAGGCUAUUUAAUGUGAAAGGGGGUUAAGUCACGUAAGAAAGGUUAUCCUCCUUGCACUCCUAUUGAAUACAUCCCAAUUUAAUGUAUAUAGUGUUUUAUCUGAAAAUUUACGUAUGGGGUUUAUGCAACAGGCUUCUGUAACUGAAUAUCAUAUACAGCACAUGCUGGAGAUGAACACAAAUGUGCUUGUUUGUGUCCUGAUUUCUUCUAGUAAAUCUCUUUGCAGCUUCUUUAAGUUACCUUGAAUCAGUUGUGUAUAAGUUGGGGGUAGUUUCCAUUUAAAUAAGGUCACGACGAAUAAGGACUCUUACAAAUACCAUGCUAUUAUCGCUCGAUAUUUAUAGCACUUGUGAACUUUGUGGCUUGAUUGAGAAUUUGGCUGGGUCUUAUUGGAUGUUUGACGUGUCCUUUUAAAUUAUUGCUUUGUUUAGAUAAUAUGGAAAAUAAAGGAAAAUAUGAAUAACAAUGUAUUUUUGUUUGUUUAGUUGAAGGAAAAGAGAAAGGAAAGGUGAAGAGAAAAAAUGAGUUGAAACAAAAGUUUAAUUUUCUCCUUUGUUGUAGUAUUCAGUUUAAACUUCAUUUUUUUUUCUUUCUCUCAUUGUCCUUUCACCCUACCAAACAAAGGGUAAGCGUAAAAAAUAAACCUGAUAUUUAGAGGUAUAUAAACCUGCGUGCGUGCAGUAAAUUAUAAUUUCUCACUCCUAAGCCAUUUUGGUGCGGGAGAGUCACUUUACACCUGAAAUUUGUUAGUCUUCGCUGCAUUAACAAGUACCUUUAGUUGGACAAACUUGUGCUAGGCUUAGUCUUGUCGUCUGUCACCCCGUGAUCAUGGGUUGCCAUGGUGGUAAAUCGCUCUCCAUUUGAAUUUCCUCGUAGCAACACCCCUGCAUCAUUCUUCACAAAAUUACAAAAUCAAAAUAUGCAGCCAAUCAUUGGUAGUUGUUUUUUCAGCCUACCUAAUAGAUAAAUAUCUGUGGUAGCAAAAAAAAAUACUUGUAGCAUAGAUGAUGGACCCACAAUGAAAAUGUAAUAAUCUAACGAUCUUCAAUGAUAAGAGUAUUAGUGACAGCUGGCAGCACGUCUUUGCUAAGGUUAUUGUAAAUUAUACUUGAGAGAAUGCAAAAAUUUUGAACAUUUUAAGUUUUGAUUGGCGUAUUUGUCUAUUGUACUUCCAAAUCAAAAUAAAUUUUUGAGCAAUUUCCUUUAGCACUAAUAGGUUUUUUAUGGGUUGCAUCCAAAUGGUCCUAUAUUUUGAUCUAAUUUUAAGUAGUUCUAACUAUUGAAAUUUUGUUG